AUGGGCAAUGCACUCUGGGAAUUAUACUGCAUGGAGAAUCAAAUUCACACUGACGGCCAACCUCUGGCUAGGGAUGGUGACACUUUGCAAGCUAUUGGAAACCAGUAUGAUUGUGCCAAUCAGCAGGGCCAAUUCUCAAAGUCUGAGAAGUUAGAAACUCAGAACACCGGUGAUGGGGCAAGUGGAGAUCCUGGACAAGUGCCCUCCAAAGAAGUCAUCAAACGGCCGUCGCUCACAGAGGGCUCUCAUAGCUCCACAACUUGCGUCUAUGAGACAUUGUUCAAUCUGUCCUCUUUGGGCAAAUACAUACCUCGUGCGAUCCUCGUUGACGCUGAUCCAACGACCGUAGAACAAGUUGUAAUUCAGGCGUUUGGCGUCAAUACGACGUUCAGGUUGAGGCAGUCCACUAGACAUCCUCCAACGUUUCGGGCGAAGGAUGUCUCGCGUACUGCAUCAGCCGGAACGUUGUAUUAA